AUGCUACGGCUCUGGAGUGACGAAAGCAGCGUGGCCUGGCGGGAGCUCAUGGCGGCAUGGGGGCAGCUGGCCACGCUGUGGCCGUCGCGGGCAGUCCAUGCCGGCGGGGUGGGCCGCGCUGGGCAGCUGCCUCCUCAGGAAGAAGGCGAGGUUCCCCCGGCUCCUUGCCGUUUGCGGGCCCCCGGCCACACCACGCUGCGGCGUGUGGGCCCGGCCCCUGGCGACUCGCACGCGCGCCGGUGUCCGGUAGCAGACCAGGCGUGCGCGUGUCCCGUGGUGGGCGGCGCCGCCUUGCGUGUCCCUGCGGGCCGCGUGGGCUCCCGGCGCGGCUCCUGCUCCCGCCGCCUUCGAGGAGCGCUCACUCGUUCACUCGCUGGAGGAAGCCGAGGGCGCGCCGGGGGGUGUGUCCAGCCCCCAGACCCGGUCGUGGGCUCGGACGAGCGCUGGCGCCUGGCGCGGCCGCCCCCGUGCUGCCCUCUGUGCGGCUUGCGCGCCCGGCCCGGCCGCCUUUCUCCCGGGGCCACGCGCCUGUCAGACCGGGCUGGCGCUGAGCCCGUCCCAGGAGCCCCCGGAGCCCCGACCAAGCGCUCGCAGGUGGCUGCUGCACACCGGGCGCCGGAGCCUUUCCUGCCCCUGCCAGCCGCUCGGGGAGAAGCCGUGAAGGGGGAGAGGCCGAGCCCCCCGGGGGCCGAGGCUGGUGGGCGGCCGCGCCCCGCUGCUGAUCAAAAAACCAAAGUGCCAGAACCUACUAAGGCCUGCUGCAGCCCGCCCCAGCCCGCCGGCCCCAGCACCAGCACCCCCGCCGGCCCGCCCCCUGGCGGCAGCAAUGGCAAGCGCGCCCCUGCCAGUGGCCAGCAGCCCGCCGCCGCCCGCUACCUGCCGCGCGAGGUGCCUCCCCGCUUCCGCCAGCAAGAACAGAAGCAGCUGUUAAAGAGGGGCCAGCCGCUGCCUGCGGGGGCCCUGGCCAGCGCGAGCCCCACCCGGGGCGCUGGGCCUGCAGGCGCCAGCCCGCCUCCUUCCGCUGCAGCCGCGCGGCAGCGCCCCGGUCAGCUCCAACCAGACCUCAGUCUCAGCGGAUCGGCAGAGCACUAUGAACAUCCCCACUGGGGACAGCAGGCCGCGUACCGAGGGGAAGCCGGCUGCGGCUGGGAUCAAGUGAUCGUCGACCGGGUCUCACCAGAACUUUCAGCUCAUUUGAAAGAGGGUGGGGAGGCCGAGGGGAGAGGUCAGUUACCUGCAGCCCAGCGUGACGCCUCUGCAGACUGGCCUGAGCCCCGCCGGGAGGGCGUCAGCGCGUGUGCGAGCCCGCGCCAGAGGCACACCGGAGGUGGUGGUCGCGUCUUCGGUGCGUCCCGCCUGUCCUCCCGGCUGCUCGGAGGUCGUCGGCCGUCCACGGGCUUGUCCCCCGUGCAGGCUGGAGAAGGCUGGCUUGGCCUCUCGCUGGACCUCGAGGGGGCCAGGCGCACGCGAGCGCCGGGCCAGGGGGGCGCCCGCUGUCCCUGCCGAGCCCCCACCCCGGGCUCGGUUUGGAAGACGCGAAUUGAGGAGGCUUUACCAGGUCGCUGA